AUGGAAGGAGACAGCAAAAUUCGUGCUUACAGAUUCGUUGCCUAUUCAGCAGUCACAUUUUCUGUUAUUGCAGUUCUUUCGGUGGCUCUUUCUUUACCAAUGGUAUAUAACUAUGUUAAUGCCGUCAAGCAUCAAAUGAAACAUGAAAUUGGAUUCUGCCAAGGAACAGCAAAAGAUAUGUACAAUGAAGUUAGCUACUUGAAAACAAUUAAUUUCGCUGCUAGAAACAGAACCGCACGUCAAGCUUCUGGUUAUGAUGCACCAGUUGAAAAUGCUCCAGCUGCCGCUACUUGUGAAGGAUGUUGUCUUCCAGGACAACCAGGACCUCAAGGACCACCAGGAAAAUCUGGUAAACCAGGUAAACCAGGAGCACCAGGAACCCCAGGAACACCAGGAAAACCACCAGUUGCUCCAUGUGAACCAACUACACCACCACCAUGUAAACCAUGCCCAACUGGACCACCCGGACCACCAGGACCAAUCGGAGCUCCAGGAGAUGUUGGUGCCCCAGGUACUCCAGGAAGACCAGGAAAUGAUGCUCCAAAUGGUGAACCAGGCCCAAGAGGACCACCAGGACCACCAGGCCCACCAGGACCACAAGGACCAAAAGGAGAUGCCGGAGUUCCAGCUGUUUCUGAACCAGCCGUACCAGGAGAACCAGGUGAACCAGGAGAGCCAGGACCACAAGGACCACCAGGACCUCCAGGACCACCAGGAAAUGAUGGAGCACCAGGAGCCCCAGGACCAAAAGGAGAAACAGGUGAACCAGGAGAUGCUGGCCCAGACGGAAACCCAGGACCACAAGGACCACCAGGACCAGCUGGAGAACCAGGUGAGAAAGGAAUCUGUCCAAAAUAUUGCGCUCUCGAUGGUGGAAUUUUCUUUGAAGACGGAACAAGACGUUAA